AGUAGUGAAAAAGCGAUGAAUUCCUCUGCAAGUAGUUCCUCAUCAUCAUCAUCUUCUUCUUCUUCGUCUGAAACUCCUAAAAUGAUUAAGGUUGAUACACCAAACCAUAACCAGACGACAGUAAUAGACUGUGUUGAUGGUAACAACUUCACAGACACUAAUCUCGCUGUGAGUAAUAAUAAUAAUAACCAGAGCAAUGGUGAGAAGGACAUAAUCAGGUGGUUUGAGGAAGUGACAGAGAAAGCCGGUUUGGUUCAGACAGAGACUCUGAGGAGGAUACUAGAGGUGAAUUAUGGAGUUGAAUAUUUGAAGAAAUGGAUUGGGAACAUCAAAAUCCAAGAGUUGGAUGGCUGUGUAUUGGAAUCACUUUAUACCAGCUUGGUACCCCUUUCAUCCCAUGCAGAUUUAGAGCCUUUUAUACAGAGAAUUGCAGAUGGGGACACUGCUCCUAUACUCACUCAACAACCUAUAACUACUCUCUCUCUAAGUUCAGGAACCACAGAAGGAAGACAGAAAUAUGUACCAUUUACAAGGCAUAGCGCGCAGACCACACUUCAAAUUUUUAGGCUAGCAGCUGCUUAUAGAUCAAGGGUGUAUCCAACAAGGGAAGGAAAGAGGAUUCUUGAAUUCAUAUACAGCAGCAAACAAUUCAAAACCAAAGGAGGCUUAACAGCUGGAACAGCUACAACACACUACUAUGCGAGUCAAGAAUUCAAAUUAAAACAGGAAAAGACAAACUCAUUCACUUGCAGCCCACAGGAAGUGAUUUCAGGUGGUGAUUAUAAGCAAACAACCUACUGCCAUCUCCUCCUGGGCCUCUUCUUCUCCGAUCAAGUAGAAUUCGUAACUUCAACCUUUGCUUAUAGCAUAGUGCAGGCAUUUAGUUCACUCGAAGAUCACUGGCAAGAAUUGUGCAGUGACAUCCGACAAGGCACAUUGAGUUCGAGAAUCAAUCCGCCAAAGAUGAGAAAAGCUGUGUUGGAUAUAAUGGUAUCUCCAAACCCAAGUUUGGCUUCGAAAAUUGAAGAAAGUUGCAAGGAAUUACAGAGAGUGGAUUGGUUUGGUCUGGUUCCUAAGCUUUGGCCAAAUGCUAAAUAUGUGUAUUCUAUAAUGACAGGGUCAAUGCAGCCAUACAUGAAAAAACUGAGGCACUAUUCGGGGAAUUUGCCAUUGGUUAGUGCUGACUAUGGAUCCACUGAGAGUUGGAUUGGGGUUAAUUUGGAUCCAAGUUUGCCACCAGAGGAUGUCACUUUUGCAGUGAUACCCACUUUUUCUUACUUCGAGUUCAUCCCACUUUAUAGACAGAACAAAGAUUGUAAUUCAGUUCUUGAUGAUUUCAUCGAAGACGCACCAAUCCCACUCUCCCAAGUCAAGAUUGGACAAGAGUAUGAGAUUGUCCUCACCACUUUCACUGGACUUUAUAGGUACAGAUUAGGGGAUGUGGUGGAAGUGGCCGGUUUUCACAAUGGGACCCCUAAAUUGAACUUUAUAUGCAGGAGAAAGCUCAUAUUGACAGUGAACAUUGACAAAAAUACAGAAAAGGACCUUCAGAUGGUAGUGGAGAGGGGGUCUCAGCUACUGAGCAAGUCCAAUGCAGAGCUGGUCGAUUUCACAAGCCAUGCUGAUACAGUGAACCAACCUGGGCAUUACAUAAUUUACUGGGAAAUCAAGGGCCAAAUUGAUGACACAAUUCUUCAACACUGUUGCACCGAAAUGGAUGCUUCGUUUGUGGAUCAUGGGUAUGUGGUAUCAAGGAGAACCACCUCCAUUGGACCUCUGGAGCUCCGGAUUGUUGAAAGUGGAACUUUCAAGAAAAUUUUGGAUUGUUUCAUAGCAAAUGGUUCUGCUUUAAGCCAGUUCAAAACGCCUAGGUGUACUAGAAACCAGGUUCUUCUUAGAAUUCUCAAUUUCUGCACAAUUAAAACGUUUCGUAGCAGGGCUUAUGAUUGAACCCCAAAAAAUAAAAUAAUAAUAAUAAUAAUAAUAUCGUAAAAAUACCCAAAAAAAAAAAAAAAAGAGUUCAUUUCCUCCUCCAACUUUUUUUUUUGCAGUGUAAGCAUAUUUUAGAAACUCAUCUAAUUUUUUGACUUUAUGAAUUGAUUCCCUUUCUAGAUUCUCUUCGA